UUUUAAAACAAAAACUUAUUCUGAGCGUAUAAACUUAUUCCUACUUCUUCUCUCAUUCUCUUUCGAGUGUGUUUGAAUAUUAUAAUUAAGCAUUUACGACUUCAAAACCAUUUCAAGAUGGAAGAUUCGCAUAAAUGUGAAGAGAAAGCAGAUGACGAAUAUCUAUCGAUAUUGAGUCUAUCGAAUAAAGAGGCUUUACGUGAUUUGGAGCUGAUUUGGCAGAGCUUGCUGCUGCUGAAGUCGCAAACUUCAAGACGACGUGCGCACUUGGCCAAGGAACUGGCUGAGAACAAGCUAAGAAAAGAGAUGGAGAUGAAUAAAAAACUCUCCGAGAGCUUGGAUGGAGCCCUGCAGGAGCCUGCCAUAAGAGAUACCCAAUGUUUUGUAAGGCAAUCCGAGAUCAAAGAUAAAAUGCGCCUAGAGGAAUCUUCAGAUUCGGACACCCUACUCGAUUUCAGUCUGAAGGGCGAGGAUGUAUCCACAACCGCGAUGGAGCCGAAAGCAAUGAAGCAGAAGCAGGUCGAAGUGGAUGCUGUGGCCUCUCAGCUAAAGCGAGCUGCCAAUAUAUGCUCCAUUGAUGGCAAAACCUUUGGCGAUCGGCACCGCGAGCUGCUCAUCUUGUGCCAAAAGAUAAUGCGGCCCUAUGGCAUACCGAUGUACGAGUUCUCCACAUCCUGGAGCACGGGUCACGCUUUCUGUGCCUUCAUACACUUCUAUCGACCGGAUCUGAUCGAUGAGAAGUACCUGAAAUGGAAAAACCCCGAGCAGACACUGAGAUAUGUGGAAGGCGUUGCCAAAUCCCUGGGCGCGCACUUUGAUGGCAACUUUGUGAAAUUGUUGCGUCGAAAGAGGCCAGGAUUUGUUAAGGUUUAUUCUUUUGUCUUUAAAUUAUACACCUGCCUGGGAGCCGCAGCUCGUAGCAGAAGUACGCCGUCAAAGGCAGAUUUGACAGCCAGUUAAUAUACUGACAAGUCACUUAACUGCAGCUCAGUUCAAUUCAAACAAAUUGACGCCUCACAAACAUGCGAAAGAAAUUUCCGUUUCCGCUUGAAAAACUUCGUUAAACUGACGCGAAUUCAAUUGAAAGCGGUUGGCCAGAAAGCCGUAAAAGAAGUGAAAAAAACACAAGGUAGAUUUCCCCAGUAGGUAAUGCCCGACUGGGAGAUAUGCUGCAAACCCCUUUUUAACUUCCUUCCCACAUUAUCGGCUCUUAUAAUCCGAUCUAUAUGCAUUUUUGAGAGCUUAAAUAUGACAAGCAAAACCCAAGACUAUAAUGCGUAUUUAUAAUUCUAAGCUUAUCUGUGAGCAGGUAUCUAAAAAGUAAUAUAUUCUGGAUCUGUGAUAACUA